AGCAGCAGCAAAUAUUUAACUGCAUACAGCCAAGUACAACAACAACAAGUUGCCCAUAAAAGCUUUGCCGCCAAAAUGCUUCCGUUACGGCCUGGAGCGGCCUGGCAAACGCUCUUCCUUCUCUGCGCGUUGGCUUAUUGCAUCAAUGUUGCCAGCAGUGAGGGUCGAGUGGUUUGUUAUUACACGAAUUGGAGUGUUUAUCGCCCGGGGACAGCCAAAUUUAAUCCGCAAAAUAUAAAUCCAUAUUUGUGUACACAUUUGGUGUAUGCAUUCGGCGGAUUUACCAAGGAUAAUCAAAUGAAGCCAUUUGACAAGUAUCAGGAUAUUGAGCAGGGUGGCUAUGCUAAAUUCACUGGCCUCAAAACGUACAACAAGCAGCUGAAAACGAUGAUUGCCAUUGGCGGCUGGAACGAGGCCUCUUCACGCUUCUCACCGCUGGUUGCCAGUAGUGACCGGCGUCAGCAUUUCAUUAAGAAUAUAUUGAAGUUCCUGCGCCAGAAUCAUUUCGAUGGCAUCGAUUUGGAUUGGGAAUACCCAGCACAUCGUGAGGGCGGCAAGUCGCGUGAUCGCGACAACUAUGCUCAAUUUGUUCAGGAGUUGAGGGCGGAGUUUGAGCGCGAAGCGGAGAAAACCGGACGUACAAGAUUGCUGUUGACUAUGGCCGUGCCCGCUGGCAUUGAGUAUAUCGACAAGGGUUACGAUGUGCCCAAGCUGAACAAGUAUUUGGAUUGGUUUAAUGUGUUGACCUAUGAUUUCCAUUCGUCACAUGAGCCAUCCGUAAAUCAUCAUGCGCCCCUUUACUCGCUGGAGGAUGAUUCCGAAUAUAACUAUGAUGCUGAGUUGAAUAUUGACUAUUCAAUCAAAUAUUAUCUGAAGGCUGGUGCCGAUCGCGACAAGUUGGUAUUGGGCAUACCCACAUACGGUCGUUCCUACACACUCAUUAACGAAGAAAGCACUGAACUCGGGGCACCAUCCGAGGGACCGGGCGAACAGGGUGACGCCACCAGAGAGAAGGGCUACUUGGCUUACUAUGAGAUUUGUCAAACACUUAAGGAUGAUCCCGAGUGGACGGUCGUACAGCCUAAUGCCAAUAUCAUGGGUCCCUAUGCCUAUAGACGCAAUCAGUGGGUUGGUUACGACGAUGAAGCCAUUGUGCGCAAGAAAGCCGAAUAUGUUGUCGCCCAUGGACUGGGUGGUAUUAUGUUCUGGGCCAUUGACAACGAUGAUUUCCGAGGCACAUGCAGCGGUAAACCGUAUCCAUUAAUUGAGGCGGCCAAGGAGGCCAUGCUGGAUGCAUACGGUCUGGGCAUCAAUGAGGUGGCUAAGCCAAGUGCGCCACAGAAACCAUCGCGUUCGAGAAGUCGUGACAAUGAAGGCAACAGCAACAGAAAUCGUGUAAGCUCCAAGCCGGAGGCAUCCCCAAGACGACCCAGCGCAGGUCGAAGACCGUCAAGCAGCAGUACAACAACAGCAGGGCCAAGCACCACAAUUAGAUUGACCGAGGUCGAGGGACAAUCGCUGUAUAUUGGUGGACGUGGGUCGACAACACCACCGCCACCAACAACGCCUGAUCCUGGCUCUGAUUUCAAGUGCGAGGAAGAGGGCUUUUUCCAGCAUCCUCGCGACUGCAAGAAGUACUACUGGUGUUUGGAUAGUGGUCCAUCCGGACUGGGCAUUGUAGCCCAUCAAUUUACUUGCCCAUCUGGUCUAUACUUCAAUCCCGCUGCCGACUCUUGCGACUUUGCUCGCAAUGUGCCAUGCAAGACCAAGAAAUCGACAACCACGCCGCCCGUAAGCUCGACAAGCACAACGACAACAACAGCACGACCCACGAGUAGCUACAAUCGUGUUACUGCAGCGCCUGUGGCUCGUCCGGUCUAUCCACGAUUCACGAGCACCACCAGCACAACCACUACGACAGCAAGAACCACGACACCAGCAGAAGAAGAGGUGCUUGAAUACGAAGAGGAUGGCAAUGAUUCACCAAAUUUGGGCAAGCUAGGCAGCGAUGCUGAGGAGGAUCCUCAGGUCAUCAAGGAACUAAUUGAUCUAAUACGCAAGGUCGGUGGCGUUGAGCAGCUGGAGAAGCAUUUGCUGCGUAACAAAGAUGGUACCAUAACGCUCAAAGAGAACUCGGCUAGCGGUGUACAGACAACGCCCUCAACCAUCAGCAAGUCCCUGUAUGACAGGGUUCUGAGUCGACCGGGAACAUUGGGCACAUUUACACGCAAUCGCUUUAAUACGUUUAAGAUACAGUCCAGCGGAACGGCUGAGUCGGGCAGCACUACGGACGAGAGCAGCUCGCAGAUCAACAGUUCUAAAUACUCAUCUGUGCUGCGUGGCAACAGUCGUCAAGGACCGCAAAACGAGGGACUGGAGCAGCUGGCCGAAUUCGAUGGUUUCCUCAAGGAGCGCAAACAAUAUGUGACCAUUAAUCGCAAUCGUGGCACCGCCACACGCGAUGACAAGGCAACCGACAACAACUCCGACGAUGAUAUCGAUGAGAGAGAGGAACCAUCUCAGCCCAAACAGCAAUCGGCAGAAACAACCAGGCGUCCGUUUAGCUCUGCAACGCCAUCGUACACAAGUCUAAGGCGCUCCAGGCCCACAACAACAUCACCAGUGCCUAUCGAAUCGGUGACUGAGCUGGAGGAGGAACAGGUCGCACCUGUUGCUAUCAAGGAGCAGACACAGACGAAGCACUACGCUACACUGAGCCGUACACGUGGUCGCACCACGGAGCGUCCAGAAAGCACUGCUUCGGACACAGCUGGCGUAUUAGUUAGCUCGACAACGAAUCGCUACAAAUACCUUGAACGGACGAGACCCACAAAGAGCAGCGGCGCAGCUAGUGUCGAUAUCGAGGAUGCUGAUGAGGAUGACGAGGAAUAUGAAGAUGAGCCACAACAUAAAAAUGUAACGGUACAAAGAAAUCAAAGCAGCACAGCAACAACCACAACAAAUACACGUAAAUACGCGAGCAUUGGCCGCAGAACCACAACAACAACACCAGAAACAACACCAGAAACAACAACCACAACAACAGUCACCGGCACUGAGACUGCCAAGGCGAGCACCACCACCACCAACAACAACAACAACAACAGCAGCAACAGUGUGAAAACUAAUAACGUACUAGCAACCACAGCAGCACCAAUCACCUCUACCACCACCCAACCACAACCAGAUACAACAAUCACUAACGAAACCACUGAACCAAUUGAAAGCACUAGCAUACCGCUCACAACGAGCAAUACUAACAUCCAAACCACCACAACCACACCUACCUCACCCACACCCACAUCCACAACCACAACCACACCCACACCAACUGCAGCAUCCACUAUCCAAACACCAACCACUAUCCAAACACCAACAACUGGCAUCGACGCCUUGAGCCUGGCUGAUGGCAUUAACAAUAUGUUAGAGCCACAAUUUACAACAAUGCCGCCAAGCGAUGCAUCCCUGAUCCCCACCCUUGAUUUAAAGAUUAACAACCUGGCACAAGUUGCACCCACAACAACGACAUCGACGACCACAAUAACGACAACGGAGUCUGAACUGGCAAGAACAAGAACAACAGCUAAUAGCAAACACAACAGCAUUGACAACGAUAACGAUGACAACAAUGACGAAGACGAUGACAACGAUGACGAUGACAAGAUAAGAUACAAUAUUGAUACAAAUAAGGUAACAACAAUUAAGACACAAUCGAAGUACGCCACAAUUCGUCGACGUGUAAACAGCGACAACAAGAACAGUGCAGAUGCAGUCAACAAUGAAGCUAGUCCCAAUGUUGAUGGUAACUCUAACGGUACUGUAACUAGCAUUAGAAACACCUAUUCUGGUCGAAGGCAACCACAAAGAACCCAACAACAACAACAACCUGAACUGACUACAACCGAACUACCUGUAAGCCCAACUAGCAGCAUUUCUAGUCCAAGACCCUUUGGUUAUCCCAGACGUCGAACACGACCCACUAAACAACAACCUACCACAACAGCAACCAGCACUGUUAACAAUAACGAUAACAAUAAUGAUAACGAUAACAAUAACGAUAAAGUAAACAAAACACAAAACGAUGACAUUGCGAGCAUAGGCAAAAUUCGUCUAUCCAAAUUGGAUAGGCCCAAGGUGAGUGCCAAAACUAGUCAAGAGUUGUUGUUGGACCCUAGCACCAGCACCAAGCAACCAACAACAACACCCCAAUUAAAAGCAACAACAACAGCAACAAACGCAACACGCACACACAAUGUAGCUGACUUAGACGUAGCUAAUGGUAAUGGUAGCAAUAUCUUAAGGCAUGACGUAGUUAGCACCAUUAAUUUAAGUACUACUAAAGAUGACGAUCAAAACAACAAAAGCAAGAACAAAAUUAAAUAUACGUGGCGCGACGCGCGUCUACCUUCGCGAUUUUCAGAGGGUACGGCAGCCAAAGCACCCAAUUCUCUCGAUACCAAGGACAACAAAGACUCACGUAGGUAUGCUGGCAAGCGACUGGCGGUCAACGGCGGUGAGCUUAAUUAUCGGAGUCGCCAUCUAACCUCAACGGAGCAGGAAUCUGAUUUAGAUGAGGAGAUCGAAACAACAACGAUCAGCGCGCCGAUAAUAUCAAUAGGCGGUCAUCGCAGCAUCAAUCGUAUUUCUAGUCGGUUAGGAGUUGCUACUGCACACGUAGGGUCAAAAACCGCUGAAUCCGAUCAAGCCAAUUCAAAAGUUGAAUCCGUACUGACAUCAACCGGAUCAACUGGCAAACGUAACUACCACAGUAUUAGUCGUACUUCUGGUGGGAUCGAAGAGGAACUCAUUAACAAAACAUCAAAGCAUCAUAGUACUGCUACUGCAGAAGUAGAGUCAACAACUGCUGAAUCCGAUCAAGCCAAUUCAAAGGUUGAAUCCGAACUGACAUCAACCGGAUCGACUGGCAAGCGUAACUACCAAAGCAUUAGUCGUACUUCUGGUGGGAUCGAAGAGGAACUCAUCAACAAAGCAUCAGCUACUGCUACAGCAGACGUAGAGUCAACAACUGCUGAAUCCGAUCAAGCCAAUUCAAAGGUUGAAUCCGAACUGACAUCAACCGGAUCAACUGGCAAGCGUCACUACCAAAGCAUUAGUCGUACUUCUAGUCGGGUCCAAGAGGAUCUCGAUAAUACAACUUUAGCUGCUGCUACUGCAGACGUAGAGUCUACAACUGCUGAAUCCGAUCAAACCAAUUCAAAAGUUGAAUCCGAACUGACAUCAACCGGAUCAACUGGCAAGCGUAACUACCAAAGCAUUAGUCGUACUUCUAGUCGGGUCCAAGAGGAUCUCGAUAAUACAACUUUAGCUGCUGCUACUGCAGACGUAGAGUCUACAACUGCUGAAUCCGAUCAAACCAAUUCAAAAGUUGAAUCCGAACUGACAUCAACCGGAUCAACUGGCAAGCGUAACUACCAAAGCAUUAGUCGUACUUCUAGUCGGGUCCAAGAGGAUCUCGAUAAUACAACUUUAGCUGCUGCUACUGCAGACGUAGAGUCAACAACUGCUGAAUCCGAUCAAGCCAAUUCAAAGGUUGAAUCCGACCUGAAAUCAACCGGAUCAACUGGCAAGCGUAACUACCAAAGCAUUAGUCGUACUUCUGGUGGGAUCGAAGAGGAACUCAUUAACAAAGCAUCAGCUACCACUACUGCAGACGUAGAGUCAACAACUGCUGAAUCCGAUCAAGCCAAUUCAAAGGUUGAAUCCGACCUGAAAUCAACCGGAUCAACUGGCAAGCGUAACUACCAAAGCAUUAGUCGUACUUCUGGUGGGUUUAAAGAGGAACUCAUUAACAAAACAUCAACUACUGCUACAGCAGACGUAGAGUCGACAACUGCUGAAUCCGGUAGGAAACAAAUAGGACGUACUUCUAGUCAAACAAAUUCAAAGAUUGAAUCCGAUGUAGCAUCCAAUGGAUCAACUAGCAAACGUAACUAUCACAGCAUUAGUCGUACGUCUGGUGGGAUCGAAGAGGAACUCAUUAACAAAACAUCAAAGCAUGAUAGUACUGCUACUGCAGACGUAGAGUCAUCAUCCGCUGAAUCCGAUCAAGCCAUUUCAAAGGUUGAGUCCGAACUGACAUUAACCGGAUCAACUGGCAAGCGUAACUACCAAAGCAUUAGUCGUACUUCUAGUCGGGUCCAAGAGGAUCUCGUUAAUAAAAAAUUAGCUGCUGCUACUGCAGACGUAGAGUCAACAACUGCUGAAUCCGGUAGGAAACAUAUAGGACGAACUUCUAGUCAAACAAAUUCAAAGAUUGAAUCCGAUGUAGCAUCCAAUGGAUCAACUGGCAAACGUAACUACCAAAGCAUUAGUCGUGCUUCUAGUCGCAGUGGUGCCGAUGAACAGAUACACUACAAUGCCAUAACUCGCGACAAUACAGGCGCCCAUCUGAGCGAAGGUCGCAGCUCCGGUUUCAUACGCAACCCUGGCGAAUCUAACCAAUCAAAGAACAUUCAGCAACCCGUAGCGCGAGGUGGUCGCAUUGUGGAGACAACGACGAUUGCUAUUGAGGAUGAGAAUAUUGCAGCGGAGAUAAUUGAUGAUGAGCCACCGAUAGUGGCUCGUGGCAAGACUAGAGCUCCAGCUUCAAAUGAUAUACCUGACGAUAGCAAUACAGCAACUGAACAGGACUCAAGAGAAGAGAUAACGGUCACUGAAAUUCCAUCUAUGCAAGAAAAUCAUGCCACUAAUGAUGAAGAAAUAUCAGAGUUUACCACUAUCCCAACCAAUGUUGAUAAAGCCGCGGAGUUGCCAACAAGCAGUUCCACGAUAACAACCACAGCUGAUGUAAUGGCUGAGAUUCCUGAAACUACAACCAGAUCUGUUCUUGAAAGCAGUAGCACCUCGACCAUCGAACAACAAAAUGCCUCAAACACUUUGACAAUAACCACUGAGCGCUCCAUUGAGAAGCUUAACAGUACAACAACUCAACAGUAUCCACGCCACUCUUUGUUCCGCAGCAGAACGUCAACAAGUACGGAGAGUACAGUGCCAACAACCACAUCAACAACAACCACUGCAGCGCCAAUUAGCAGCACCCGACGAUCACUCUCUAGUAGAAGACGUAGCAGCACCACUGCUAGAACAACAACCACAACAACAACUACAGCAAGCCCAACACAAGCCGAUGAUGAGGCAGAUGUUGCAGAUGUCAGUGAAACCACGACGAAAAUUCCAAGACGCCGGGUAAUUGUCCGAGGUAGCUACCGACCACGUAACCAGGGCGAUCUCUCUUCGCUCCUGGCAACGGAUGCAAAUAAGCAAGUAAAAUACAAACACGACCAACACCGGCAUCGGACAAUCUCCCAGCAAGCAGUAAAUCAACACGAAACGUCGCAGGAGAAGGAAGAAGAAACUGACAAGACAUCCUCCGUGCAACAGAGUGAAGAGAUCGAAAGUAGUACGCCAGAAGAAGUAAAGGACGAUGAGAAAUCAACGCAAUCGAAGUUUAAUAGCCGCUCUCAACUUGGGGCAGUGCGCAAUCGCACCACCAGCCACACCGAAUCCCUGGGCAACGGUAUUACACGCACUCGCACCACUUAUGUGCGUACAAUUGAUAGUGGCAAAGUAGUGAAGCGUGUGCACACCAAGACCGUGGAAGAAAAACCGGCCGAGUAUGAGUAUGUCUAUGAUAAGAUUACUCAGCCGGAGGUCACUACUACACCACGCAUCAUCACACGCAAUCGUGGUUCCGUGAGGUUCCGUAGCAAUGAUUUAUCCUCAUUACUAGCAUUGGACUUUUCGACGCGUGGACAGCGCACCAAGCAAACGCCAUCAAGUGAGACAAAGACGAUACGCAGACGCCUGUUGAAAAAGCCCAAGGAAACCAUCGAGCACGAAGAUGUCGAGGAGUUUGUAUACCAAGCCAAUGAGAAUGACUUAGACAAUACGGAAACUACGGAAACAACAACAAGGCGGCCAGUACGCACAAGACCCACUAGGCCAAGGACAACAACGACAACAACUGAAAGGACGACAACUGAAAAACAAUCUGAUAUUAUUGAGAAUGAAGCAACUACUCGUCGUAUAGGUCUGGCAUUCAAACGGCCAACAACAACAACCACGACAACCACGACGCCAUCUACGACAACCACGGCGCCAGCUACGACAACAACUUCAGACAAUGAAGCGACAACCAGACGUGUGCUAACCUUUAAGCGACCCAUAAAAACAACAACUGUUCCAACAACGACAGCAGAGCCAGAAGAAGAGUCAACCACAGUGACACAGCAGCCAGCUGUUAAGCGAAACUUUAUCAAGCGUCUAAGAACAAGCACUACUCCUACAACAACCACAACACCAACUACUACCACAACAACAACGACAGCAAAGCCUGCAGAAAUUAUUAAAGAAGAUGACUUGCAGGAUUUGAAACGUCAGUUUGCAAAUGCAGUGAAUUUCCUUAAAGACAAUAGCGAAGAUGUUGCCACAGGGGAAACAACGUCAAGAUCUACGCAAGCUAACUCAGAUGAGCAUCUCUCGUUGCCCAUAUAUCAUCGUCGCAAAUAUUAUCAAUACGUCAAGGAUUCUCCGAUAACAUACAUUGAUAAGACUGCAGCUUCGUCAGAAGAUGGUAAGCGCGUUUCUGUAGACAUACAGCAACAAAUCCAUGAUGUCUUCAAUGUUAGUGACAAUGGGACGCCAAGCAAUUCGUUAGAGGAGACGGAGAACGAUGCCCAUAGACUGGAUGAGGAGCGUCGUUUGGCUAUGGAACAGGCACGUGAAAUCAAUUCCGAAUUAAGUCAUUUUUUAUUGAAAACCCCCGGGUCAGCCCGGCAAGGCAAAACUUUCAAGACCACGGUAUCACCGACGACAAGCAGAAAUGAAACCUUACGAAAUCUGAUACAGGUCUCCAUUUUAGACGAUGCACAGCGCGUUGCGGAAGAUGCUCGUGCGUUGCGUACUUAUUCUCAAUUAAAUCGGACGCGUUUACAGCCAACAAUUAAAGUAAUCGAACAAGAGGAGGAGCAACAGCUGUUAGAGACAACCACCCCAAGAUCUGCCUAUAGUUCAUCUCAACGCUUUCGUGGCAGAAUUGGCACCAGGAUAACAACCACAACUGCACACCCUGAGGACGAGCAACAGCUGCUAGAUGCAACCACCCAAAGAUCUGCCUAUAGUUCAUCUCAACGCUUUCGUGGCAGAAUUGGCACCAGGAUAACAACCACAACUGCAGACCCUGAGGAAGAGCAACAGCUACUAGAGACAACAACCAAAAGAGUUGUUUCUCAACGUUUUCGUGGCAGAGGCGGGGACAAGACAACACCAACCACGUCAAGCCCGGAAAGCAGCACAAGCCGCACGAGAGCACGCUCCACGGUUCGUCCAUAUUUUGGCAUCAAUCGAAGAGUGCCAGUGAGACCAGCAAAUCGUGAUGCCGAUCCAAUUAACCUUGCCGAUGCAAGUGAUGAUCUAAAUGAAGAUCUCGAUGAACUUCUUGCUGAAUUGGCCGAUGAAAACGAAGUAGGCCAAAGCGAGGGUGUAACUACCGAAUCCAGCCCUACCACAGAACAAACUAGUCGUCGUCAACUUUUGAUACGUCGCCGUUUUAAUGGAACAAGAACAACCACUACAACAGCACAUAACGGAGACAACGACAUAGAUCAAGCUGAUGAUGUUACCAGUAGCCCAAAUGUUCAGGAGUCCACGACCACAGCAAAAACGACUGAUAAGCUCGCAGCACGACGCCAACUUUUGAUACGGAACCGAUUUAAUGCAGGAACGCGCACUGAAACAACAGAGCAAGGCAGCGUCGACAAUGAGGUCACCAAUGAAGCAGAGGAGAUCUCAAGCACAGCUGGUAGUCCUGGAGAUAUCGAUUCCACAAGUGCAUCAAAAGGAACAACUCUUACACCUAAUCCAAAACUUUUUGUACGCAGACGCUUCAAUGCAACGAUAGGCGCUUCUACCACAGAAACUGCUGAUAUAGACAAAGAAGCUAAGGACGAUGAGCAAAACUUGAACGAAAGUAGCGAAUCUACAUCCACAGCGAAAAAAGACAGCAGCGAACCAAUUCCACGACGCCAGAUUCUGGUGCGCCGUCGAUAUAAUGCAACAACAUCCACCACAACAGCGAGUCAAAAUCAAUCAAACGACAUCCACGAGGAUGAAGAUAGCUCAAGCACGAUCAGUAGCUCUGAAGAUGGUGACCCAACUACAGAUGAACCAAUCAGAUCUAAAGGCAAUGUUCUGAUACGAAGGCGCUUUAAUGCCACGACAGCGAGUUCAACAACAACGACAAAGGUUGGUGUUGAAGAUGACGAUGAUGAUGAUAAAAGUUCUGGUGAUGCUAUCGAAAGCACAACCACAUCCACAGAAGACAAUAGUGAAGAAACGUCACAACGUCCUGUCCUGGAAUCCACCACAACAGCGAGUGAUAAGGAUGACGAUAGCUCUGCAGUAAAAACGAAUUCUGGAGAUAGCGGUAUAGAAACCAGCACACCCAGGCGUACUCUUCUGAUCCGUCGUCGGUACAAUGGAACACUAACUAGCACGUCAGCUAGUCAAAACAAAUCCAACGAAGUACACGAGGAAGAAAAUAACUCGGAGGUAGUAAAAAGUGCCGAAGAGACAACCACAUCUAGACGGAAUCUUCUGAUACGCCGUCGGUUUAAUGCUACGUCGACGAGUACAACCACAACGAAAAAGGAUGGUGCAGAAAACAUCGAUGAUGAUGAGAAAAAUGCUGGCGAUGCUAUCGAAAGCACAAACGGAUCCACAGAAGACGAUUCGGCUCUGGUAUCUACCACAACAGCGAGUGAUAAGAAUGACGAAAGCGACAAAGGAACAACUACAUCUAGGCGGAAUCUUCUGAUACGUCGUCGGUACAAUGGAACACUAACCACUACAUCAGCUAGUCAAAACAAAUCCAACGAAGUACACGAGGAAGAAAAUAACUCGGAGGUAGUAAAAAGUGCCGAAGAGACAACCACAUCUAGACGUAAUCUUCUGAUACGUCGUCGCUUUAAUACAACGACAGCCGCAACAGCAACAAAAGGUGUCACCGAAGAAGAGGAUAGCUCUGCCACAACACAAAGUGGACCUACAUCACGACGCCAGAGUUUGGUACGUCGUCGGUACAAUACAACAACAAUAACCACCACAACAGAAAGUCCAAGCAAGGCCAACGAGAUCAGCGAAGAUGCAGAUAGCUCAGCGGAAAUACGUGGUGCCGGAGAUAUCGAAUCUACAACAUCAGCGACACGAACGUACACUAAACGACCCACGGCGCGACGUCAACUUUUAACACGUCGCCGCUUCAAUGGAACCGCAACAGAGAGCUCAGCAACCGUUGUUACAACACCGGGAGCAACGAACGCUGACGAGAUUAGCACACGUCGACCAUUUGCGGCCUUGAGCCGCACACGUACUCGCUUGCCACUGACUCGGAGGGGACAGACAACGACAACAACCACCGAGUCAAUAGGUGAUUCUGACACUGAUAACGAAGACGACAACGAGGCGAGCAUUGAUGAUGAUGAAGAUGUUGAUGAUAGUCUAACAACACGAGGCGGAUUUCUGCAAACAAACCGACAUCGGGCUCUACUUGAUGCACGCUUAAGCCAAUUAUCCACUACAGUGAGAAAUCUACCUAAAUUUGGAGCGCGCCGAACUACAGCAGCGCCCAUAAGACUUAGUUCCAGUACGCGACGUAGUCUUGUAACAUUGAAUCGAAAUCUAUAUAAUCGCAAUGAAGAUAAUCAGCCGGAUGAGAAUGAAGAUGAUGACGAUGAAAAUGAGGAUGACGAUGAGGACGCGGAUGAAAAUGCGGAUAAUGACGAUGAUGAGUAUGAGGAGGCCGUUGAACAGAGGCCAAGAAGCAGUACAACUCCCAGCUCAAUUCGUAGCCAGUUACUUGCCAGUAGACAGCGUAAUGCACAAAUAGCAAAGACUCAAACUAUAACCCAGACCCGGACACAAAUCAGUGACGCAGACGCAGACACAGAAACAGACACAGACGCUGACAUUCUGAAUGAUGAUGAGGUAUCAAAAACUAACAUUAAUAACAACCACAAUAAUACUAAUCAGAGCACUGCACUUAACGUAGCUAGUCGUAAUUUUGGCACACAACGUAAUCGUAGUCGUAGUAACAGCACCGUAGCCAAUUAUAUAAAUAAUCGUUUUAAGUUUUCUAAUGCUAACAAUACACAUAAACAAGUCACAGUCACUGUUAAUGCUAAUAAUAAUGAUGAUACACAAGAUGAUGAUAGUCUAGAGGCAGAUAUUGAUAUUGAGGAGAAGGAUAAGAAUGAUUAUAAUAAUGUUAAUGUUAAUGAUAAUGAUAACGAUGAUGAUAAUGAUGAUGAGAGUGGGGCACCCGAGCGUGUUGUAAAUGACCUAGGUAAUGACGUUAAUUCUAAACGACGUUUUCAGAAUCGUUUUCAAUUGAGUCGCACAAGAGGCAGCACCACCACAUCAAGAACAACAGAGAGAACCACAGCAACAGCAACAACACCAACAACAACAACAACAAGAGCGGCAAGCACUCGUCGCUUCAACUUUGGCUCCAGAAAUCGCGCACAGGUAACUAAACUAGUCAGAGUCGAUGGCCAGUCGGCUGAAGAAACAGAUGAUCAAAGUGAUGCUGAAGAUGAAGAUGCUGAUGAAGAUGAUGAUGAUGAGACGACAACAACAACAACAACAGCAACUACACCGACAACAACUCCAGCAACAACAGCGACAAUUAAACCAACACUUAAACGCAUACGCGUACUCAAAUAUCGACGGCCACUCCAGUCAACUAUUGAUAUUAGUAGCAAUAGCACAGCAGACAGCAACACAAAUACAACUAACACUGCGAAUGAGAACAGCAUUAGUAACAGCAACAGCAACAACACAAACACUACUAACAACACCCCCAAUCCCAUAAAACGUUUCCGUAAAAUUGUACGCAAAUUGCGGCCCGUUGCGACAAGCACUGAGUCCACGAGUCCGGAAAAGGAAGAGGAACUGAGCAGUGGGGAGAAUGGUGAAACAACAACAACCAUCCGUACACCAUUUAAGCCGAGUCGCACACGUUUCGGUGGAUCAGCAGUAGCAGCAACAGCAGCAACAUCAGCAGAAUCGAAUAAUGAUCAGGACCAGAAAUCCGAUCUCGAGACAAAUAAUGAUGUUGAGCGGGAGCCGCAGCAACAACAAACGCGCAGACCUGUUGACCUACAGGCUCUGCGUAAUCGUCUCAAGAGUCAGCAGUCGCGUGGCGAGCCCACAGAUGGCGUCAUCAACAGUCGACUGCAGGGUGGUGGCACCACCAAUGAGACGAGUGAAAGAGACGACAACUCAGAGUUGCAGCGAUUGCGCAAUAAAGUCAAGGCAGACCAAGCAAGAGGCAACGGUGAACAGGGUGUCAUCAAUGAUCGUCUCAAGAAGCUAUUGGCCGAGAAAGUCACUACCACACGCACUAAGAAUGAUGAUGAUGAUAAUGAUGAUGAUGAUGAUGAUAAGCCCUCGAGCGGUGGUACAACAGUGGUGUCUUCAUCGCCACGUCCGUUCUUCCGACGCAAGCUAAUUGCCAAGCGGCCUUAUGCCCCCUCGGCAACUGCAAGCUUACCCACAAAACCGGCCCUAGUCUUUAGCACCAAACGGCCAACGGCCAAGUUUGUGCGUCGCAAGAAUGGACGUUUCGAUCCCUUCAACUCUAGUGUGCGUAACCGAGGCGAGGGCUUUGUGCGUAGCGAUCCACGAGGUGCACGCUUGCCGGGUGCCGACCGUUUCCAGCAGCAAAAUGAGCAGGGGCAGGACGAAGACGAAAAUGAUGACGAUGAGGAUUAUGAGGAACAGCAGGAGCAGCCACAGCCAGUGAUUACUGCUCGCCCGCUUUUCAAUCAAGCGGGAGCGGUAAGAAGACCUUUUAUACCCAAACCCAAACCGCCACAGCCCGCUAAGAAUCAGGAUGAAGGCAGUGAAGAAGAUGAAGAAGAUGAUGAAGAUGAUGAGGAUGAUAAUGGUAACGAUGAAGAUGAAGAUAAUAAUGAUGAGAAGCAAGAAGAGCCAUCCAAGCAACAAGGCGAAGACCAAGGAAAUACACCCAAGCCCAAUACACAGUCAUCCACCUAUCGGGGCAAGGAUAAUCGUGCCCCACCUGGCAGUCGACCCAACUUUGCACCCACCGCCAAUGGUGGCAAUGUACCAUUUAAUCCACGCAAUCGCCAGCCCAAUUCCAGUUCAAACGGUGGUACCACCUCCUCGUUCCAAUCGACGUCAAGCAGCCGCUUUGGCGGUGGCAGUAGUCGUUCCCGUGUGGUAAAUCGUCCACCGGGUGUGCCAACGCCGAAUUUACCGUUGCGCCCAGUGGCAAAUAAUUAUGAGCGAACGACACCGUUGACACCGCUGAAACCGGCACCGUUCAUACCAAACAGCAAUCGCAGUUACGAGCGCAAAUAUACGGGUCCAUCAACGGAGGCGGCCGAGACGGCCAGCGAAAAUUCUCUGAUUGAGGAUCUCAAUAUUGAUGCGCUCAAUGCACGAAACAAAAAGAUCUUUGACAUAAACAGCAAGAAGCAUACGACCCUCAAGCCAAAGGUUGUCAGGCCGGGGGCCGAGCUAGAUACUGAUACGAUCGUAGAGACGGAUACGACCGAGGAGUCCUACGAUCAGCAGAGGCAGGGCUAUGUGACAACCACACCAAGCACACCAAUAACAACAACAAUUCCAAUAAGCACAACACUGUCAACAGACACCAUGAACACUGAAACUUAUACCGUAAACGAAAACGCACAACCGCCACAACAUGUGUACCAUGCUAACAAUGCUAAUGAAGCCACCAAUAUCUCUUCACUCCCACAGGAUCAAGCAACAUCGUUGUUGUCAUCGACAGCAACGACAGCAACAACGCCAUCACCGCCACCAGCGACGACACUGCUCCACGUAUUCACCCUGCUCGAUGGUGAGACGGAUGAUGAACAGGAGCCAACGGGACGGCCGUUGGGCAGCAAGACCACCGCUAUAGAGCCCAAGCAUAAGCUGAUCGAAAUCAAUCGCAUUGUUGAGAUCAACUCGAAACAGGCCAAGGCCGCCCAACGCAAGUCCAAGGCCAAUCAGGACUUUGGCACAUUGCGCGUUGAGUCGCUGCCCCAUGUCGAGCAGCUGGGCGAGAUUAGCGUAGUGAAAUAUGUCCAUCUAGUCGAUGGCAGUGACAUUCAAAUCAAUGAUGGCCACAGCACCGUUGCCGAUUACACGCCCACCGAACCCAACGUGCCGUCGCCCAUACUCAGUUCGGCUCCCUACCGCAACAGUCUGCCCCAAACUGAAGAUGAUGCUGACUCAAAUUUGGAUCGCAACGGUAAAUCGUUGAUACCCGAGGUAAUACGUAGUGCCGUCGAAACAUCAACGAUUUCGCUCGAGGGUUUGUUUGACUCGUCGCGCAAGGCCAAGCAGCUGAGCGUGAAUAGCAUUGGCAGUUUGGAAACCAGCACCGAGCAACUCCAAGAGAUGCAGCUGGAUACAAUUAAUAGCACUGUGCCACCACCAACAACAACAACAACAACAUCAACAACAACAACAACAGCAACAACAACAGCUGCUGCUGCUGCUGCACUGCCAGCGACAUACGUAAGACCCAUUGUACCCCUACUUCGUCCCGAAUCCAAUGAAUCCUCACCCCUAAUCAUCUCGAUAGCCAAUCUCGACAAGGUCAUUCUAAGCAAGGUGCAAGCAGAGUCCGCUGCCGAGUCCGAGUCAGAUGCCACGGAAAGCAGCACAACCGAAGCAAAUGAUAUGGCCCCCGCAGACUCGAAUUCGGCGUUCUCUGUGCAACAUGUGUCCGUGUUGCACGCACCGACCAAUAAUCAGCUGUCGAACGGGCCCGAUAAGCCAAUCAUUCAAAGAGCAACAACAACAACAACAACAACACUCCUAACACAAAGCUCUAUUAGUGGCAGCAACAACACCAACACCAACAACAACAACAACACAAAUAUUAACACUAUUAGCCAAACACAGCAAACAGGAAACACACUUACAAACAGUAGUAGCAGCAUUAGCGAGAAAAUCAGCUACAGCACCGAAACGCAUGUGGUGCAUCGUAAAAAGGCGCGACGUGGGCGUGGCCGUCGACUGCGUCACCGUCAGCGCAACACAAAUACAACAACUACAACAACAGCCCCAACAACAACAGCCCCAACAACAGAGACAACAACAAUCACAACAGAGACAACAACAAUCACAUUUGCUCGCUUCAUUUCAUGUGCCACACAAAACUUAACAAACCCUCAUCGACUAUCGACCACUGAAAACAACUUGGAUGGAUCGACUUUCAACUGCCAGCUGCGCACACAAACUGUGCCAUCAACUUCAACUUCAACUGCUGCUGCCUCUGCUGCGGCUGCGGCUGCGUCUGCGGCUGGGUCUGCUGCUGGGUCUGCUGCUGCUGCUGUGUCGCGUCGACCAGUGUUGAGCGUGCGCAGACGCAUAAUCAACUCACCGACAUCGGCUUUGGCAUCGGCAUCGGCAUCAUCUGAGUCAGGCACGCAAAUUGCAGAAUUACCGACGACGACCUCUAAAUACAAUCGACUGCGUAGUAAGUCAACAGCAGCCACAGCAACAACCACAACAAUUACCACAACGGCAGCAAACAAGCUGAAAACAAAAAGCUCGUCAACAAUCGUUGAGCCAGCAACAUUGUCGCUGGCAACAUUGACGCCAGCAACAAGCAACACGAACCCCAACAAAUUCCAGUCAGCCAGCUAUGCGCUGCGUCGCCAGUUUCAGACACGUCGUCUGACAACAACAGCCUCCCCGGCAAAUGGCGAUGAGGGCGCCACAGAUGUGCCACGCACACAAAAUCCGCUUUUCAAGCGCCGCCCAACUCUAGGAUCUACCGUGAUUCCGCAGCGAUCAACGACUACGGCGAUAUCCAUUGAAACGACAACUGUUUUGGAUGGCAUUGGAUGGAAUGAUGAUGAGGAUCAGGUGGCCAAGUCCAGCAUACACACAAGUCGCUUCAAUCAAAUACCGGAACAGGUGCGUCCACGUGUGAGCUAUGAUUUGCCCAUCACCACCACAACGACCAGCACAGGCAGCAGUGCUGCCACAACAAGCUCUCCCUCGCCACCAUUCCUGGUCAAUAGCACACGCCGUCAGAUGAUAGCACGACCACGUCGACCACAGUCCGUUACGCCCGCAUCCGGUACAACGGCAGUAUCCGUAACGCCAGCUUUGUCACCGCCAGCAUCGCGUCGUCAGCAGAGCCGUCGACGUCCGCACAAGUACAUUGAGGUGUACAGUCGGCCACCCAGUAAGCCGGCCUCAGUCUCAGUAUCAGCCACAUCCACAACCCCAUCCACAGCCGCAUACCCAUUCAAGCAUCGCUCCGACUACGAGUACUAUGAUGAUGGACAUGUGAGCAACAAACCACAAACACGACGACGCAAUGGACUGGUUCAGACUCAAAAGCAGAUUCAGACUCCGACUCCAAUGCCCAAGGUGAUUGUACAUGGGCGUGGCAUCAUUGAGUGUCUGGAGCAGGGCAAUUUUCCACAUCCGCUCAGCUGUCGCAAGUUCAUUUCGUGUGCCAAAUUCGAGGAGACCGGCGGCAUUGUGGGCUGGGAAUACACAUGCCCCAAGGGUCUCGGCUACGAUGGCUCGAGCGGCAUGUGCACCUGGGCAGCACCCAGCGUCGAUGGUCGAGCCUGUCGCUAAUUGAUGUGAAGUGGGUCUUGGUGGGGGUCAAUGACUGAAUACACGCCUUUGCGGCCCCAAGGCACUAUCGAGCAAAGAGACAUAUGGAUUUUUCUUGCACAUGCUGCACAUCAAUUGUUUGUGAUUAGUUUCUUUGAGGUAUAUCUGUGUGUGUAAAUGCCUAUGUAUGUA